AUGGUCACGACAGACGAGUCAAGACACCUCCAUGGGUUGGUUGACAUGGGGAGCAACGGGAUCCGCUUUUCGAUCACCGACCUGGCGCCCGCGACGAGUAGGCUGUUGCCGACUGUGUACCUGGAUCGGGCAGCAAUUUCGCUGUACGACGCGCAGUACGAAAAUGGCCAGGUUGUGCCGAUACCAGAACCGACUAUCAAGCAAUUGAUCAAGUCACUAUUGCGUUUCAAGGAUACAUGUGAAGAUUUUGGAGUACCCGAGAAGCAGAUUCAGAUUGUAGCUACUGAAGCUACUCGGAAAGCCAGCAACUCUGAAGACUUCCAAAGCAAGAUCAAGGAUGCUACUGGCUGGACUGUACAACUCUUGUCGAAGGAAAUGGAAGGCCGGAUUGGAGCUUUCGGUGUAGCGAGCUCCUAUCAUAACCCGAUUGGACUCAUGAUGGACCUUGGUGGAGGCUCUACACAGAUCAAUUGGAUGAUUCCGUCACAGCGCGGCCAAAUCGACACAUGCGAGAAAGGAAGCGCAAGCCUACCAUACGGCGCGGCUGCCCUCGCGAAGAGGCUCGAAGAAGCAGGCUCUCCUGAUAGCGAUGCUUUCCGGACAUUCGAAAGCCAAGUCAUUGCGGAGCUUAAAGCUGCGGUACAAUACAUAGAGGUACCACAGCAGUUGCUUGACCGCUCACAGUCACCCGAAGGUCUCUCGCUUUACCUGUCUGGAGGCGGCUUCCGAGGCUGGGGUUUUGUACUCAUGUCGGAGCAUGCGAUUCAGCCAUAUCCCAUACCCAUCAUCAAUGGGUUCCGGACGACCAAGGACGCGUUUCACGACACCCAGGCUGUACAAGCAGCGGUGCAAAGAGAGGAUACACCCGACAUCUUUCGGGUCUCGGCCCGCAGAGCAAGUCAGGUUCCAGCAGUUGCUUUCCUGGUGAACUGCCUGUCCAAAGCACUGCCGAGCAUCAAAGAUGUGUAUUUCUGCCAAGGCGGUGUGAGGGAAGGCAUGUACUUCUCAGAGAUGUGGCUCACGCCCAGUCCGUUGUUCGAAACCACGAUGAGAUACGCUAAGCCAUCGAGCGGGGAGUUUAUGGCGAUGUUGCAGGGAAUCAGUACCCCUCCGCCAACAGCGUCUCAUCAAGAACUGUUCAACUACGAGAUGCAGAGAGCUUUUGGGCGUGCUAUGUUUGCACACAUGGGGCAAGUCAAGGACCUCCAAGCUGGAGCUGCGCUCCGAAGUACAACGACCGGUUUGUUCUCUUCUGCACAUGGUUUGACACACGAAGACCGCGCGAUACUUGCCAUCUUCCUUUGCGAGCGCUACGGUGGCUACGGUUCUAUCAGUCCAACAGAGCAGGACUUCUACCGCCGAAUGCUGCAGCUCGUGCCAGAAGACUUGCGAUGGUGGUGUAUGUUACUUGGCCGCGUUGCUGCAGUUCUGGCCAGCGUUUAUCCUGCGGGUCUGAUACGAGAGAAGAGGGUGAAGAUCACUUCCCAGUGGACAACGACGAAGAAAGAAAACGAGAAACUGUGUAUCGAUUUCAAGUUUACCAAGGAGCCGGACGAACUCGAUGAAGGGCUUCAUGCAGCGCUCAAAAAGGUGGAAAAGGCAGGGAAGAAGAAGAACUGGAUAGGAGGACACGGCUACAAAGUGCUUCUGACGAUCAACGGCAAGGAGUUUGGUGAGGAUAACUGA